CGUCAUCUAGAAAUCUUUAAACAUUCUACAUAGAAGCUUCGAUCUGAGGCUGUGUCACCGUCACAGCCCACGGGCCACAGUGCUAGUGCCACGCCUUAGCUUAUUUAAAAGCAACCAAAACGACAUCAACCAAUCAUUAGCACCACCCCCACCUGACCAGUAUAUAGCAUUUUCAACUCAAUUGCAACUUGUUCUAUGACAACGUCUACCCAUAUCUCUGACCUUCCUGUCCAAACGGACGGGUCAUCAGAUCACGACAGGUUCUCAUCAGAAAGAAUAUUCCGCAGGCACACUGCCACGGAGAACAUUCCACUGUCGCAAGAGCUGUCCCAUGCCAACCCGAGGCGUAGAAAAAGCACGAGUGAUAUCGGUCGUCAAAAAAUGGCAUUCUUUCCGACUUUACGAAAGGCUGCAACGUUGAUGCUAACCCCAGAGAAAACGAUCUCCAGAGCCCCCAGUACUUGGAGAAGCAUCCGCGCCAUCAUCCUUUCAUCAUGGUUCAACGUUCUGCUGGUGUUUAUUCCCAUAUCUUGGGCAAUUAACUUUGCUCUCCCUAAUCAACAUAGUCUAAUCUUUGUCUUAACGUUCUUGGCCAUCAUACCAUUGGCUAAGCUCCUAGCGUUCGCUACGGACGAACUCUCCAUAAGGGUUGGCCAAACUUUGGCAGGUCUUCUUAAUGCUACACUGGGAAAUGCCGUCGAGCUCAUCGUUUCAAUUAUCGCACUCGUAAAAUGUGAACUCAGAAUCGUCCAGUCCUCCUUGGUGGGAUCUAUAUUGAGCAACCUUCUCCUGGUGCUGGGCAUGUGCUUCUUUGCCGGGGGCAUGCGCUUUUCAGAACAGGGUUUCGGACAAAGUGCUGUGCAACUGAAUUCGUCACUGCUUACCAUUAGCGUCAUUGCUGUUUUACUGCCUGGCGCUUUCAACAUGGCAUUGCAGGGCCAGCCUACAUAUAAUGCGGAGUCGACAGAUGACAACAUACUAAAGACCAGCCAUGGUGUUGCCCUCAUUCUCCUUUUCAUUUACGGUUCAUAUCUGGUGUUUCAACUGUUUUCACACAAAGCCCUCUAUGAUGACAGUGGCGCGGACAUACAACAGACAAAAGGCUAUGAGGGUCAGAAUCCAUGGCUACAGUUGAGACUCUACCGUCGUAGGAAUGCUAAACAUGUACAAUCCACUCUACCGACGGGUGACGAAGAAGCUGCAUCUAAUCCUGCUGUGCCUGCUGAAGGUACCGACUCGGAACGUCGGUCUACGUCCACGGAGGAUGCAAACUCUGACGUAGAUCCAUAUAUGAGUGUCCCUGUGUCCCUCGGGCUUCUGGUCGCUGUAACUGUGUUGGUAGCUGUGACCGCAGAGUUCCUGGUCGAUUCUAUUAGCGGUUUGACUGAAUCUGGGGCCAUCGGUCAAGAGUUUGUUGCCGUGAUCUUGCUUCCCAUAGUCGGUAAUGCAGCGGAACAUGUCACUGCUGUCACAGUGUCCGUCAAGGACAAGAUAACCCUGAGCUUGGGAGUUGCUGUCGGGUCAAGUAUACAAAUUGCGCUCUUCGUUAUACCGUUCAUGGUGACGCUUGCUUGGAUUAUGGGCAAAAGACUGACACUCCUCUUCGACCCGUUGGAGUCGAUCGUGCUGUUCCUAUCUGUCCUCACCGUGAACUACUGUGUACAGGACGGCAAGUCAAAUUGGUUGGAGGGUAUGAUUCUCAUGUGUUUAUACUUGAUCUUGGCUGUUACAUUCUGGUUUUACCCUGGCACCCCGGGCAUCUUCGAGUGUUAGAAAGGACAAUGGGCCGGACACUGAGCCAGCUAUUCUCCCGGAUAUGGAUUACGACCAAGAAUACAUACUCGCCUUUCAGAAGCAAAUCCUAGACUAAUGACCAGCACAACCGUACCACU